UAUCCCACACAAAUACGCCCUUCUUCUACCUUCUAAGCUCUCUCUCUCUCUCUCAGCCGCGCCAGAAACGUUAAAGCAAAAUCUCCUUUUCACAGCACUGUUUCUUCAUCAUCAUCGCCAUCACCAUCACCACCUCUUUCUCUGUCUGUAAUGGAUACAUCUCGGACUUGCCAUUCAUAGCGUCUCUGCUGAAGCUACUAGCAGAGAGCUUGAAAAUCUCUGUUGUAGUUAGAUUUCGGCAGAUCUUUUGCUGUUUGGAGUUGAGUUUUACGGUGAGAUCUGAUUGGGAGAGUUUUUGUGGUAUGGAGGAAGAAAACGGCGCUCUGAUUCAGAGCCUGAUUGAUGUAGUGAACGAGAUUGCUUGGAUCUCGGAUUUUAGGCAUACUGUCAAGAAGCAGUACUGCAAUUUGUCCAGGAGAUUGAAGCUUUUGAUCCCAAUGUUCGAAGAGAUUAGGGAUAGCCAAGAGCCAGUCCCCGAGGAUACUCUCAAGGCUCUCGUAUUGUUGAAAGAAGGUCUCGAAUCGGCUAAGAAGUUGCUCAGAUUUGGAAGCGAGGGGAGCAAGAUUUUCCUGGCCAUAGAGAGGGAGCAAAUUAUGAACAAAUUUAAUGAGGUAACCGCUCGGUUGGAACAAGCUUUGGAAGGAAUAGCCUACGAUAAACUUGAUAUAUCCGAUGAAGUUAAAGAGCAGGUCGAGCUUGUUCUUGCUCAGUUCAGAAGAGCCAAAGGCAGGGCCGAUGUUCCUGACUCUGAGUUAUUGGAUGAUAUCUCUGCCCUUUAUAACACGAGCAAUGAUUCUUCUAUAGAUCAAGAUCGGCUGAGGAGACUGUCCGAAAAAUUACAGUUAUUAGGAAUAUCCGAUCUUGCACAAGAGUCAAUAGCUUUGCAUGAGAUGGUUACUGCUACUGAUGGAGAUCCAGGUCAAAGCAUUGAGAAGAUGGCAGGGCUGCUGAAGAAAAUAAAAGAUUUCGUGCAAACGGAGAACCUUGAAAUGGACGAUCCUGGUAGAGAAAAGAAUUCUCCAGCAAGUUGUAGUGGACAAAUAUCCAAUGAUAAAAAUAACAAGGCUCCAAUCAUACCAGAUGAUUUUCGCUGCCCCAUAUCCCUGGAGUUGAUGAGAGAUCCUGUCAUUGUCUCAACUGGACAGACCUAUGAACGUUCCUGCAUUGAGAAGUGGCUUGAAUCCGGGCAUGGGACGUGUCCGAAGACACAACAGAAACUUUCAAGCACUACUCUUACACCAAAUUAUGUGUUGCGUAGCCUUAUAGCCCAGUGGUGCGAGGCUAAUGGUAUCGAACCACCAAAACGACCCAGUAGUGCUCGACCUUGUAGAAGCUCGUCUUCUUGCUCACCUGCUGAACGCACAAAGAUUGAUAUUCUUCUUUGCAAACUUGCAUCUGGAAAUCCUGAAGAUCAACGAUCUGCAGCUGGUGAGAUCCGACUUCUUGCGAAACGGAAUGCAGACAAUCGUGUUGCUAUAGCUGAGGCUGGUGCAAUACCUCUCCUUGUUGGCCUUCUUUCAACUCCCGACUCCCGUGUUCAAGAGCAUGCUGUGACAGCACUUCUUAACCUCUCUAUAUGUGAGGACAACAAGGGAAGCAUCAUUUCCUCUGGGGCAGUUCCUGGUAUUGUUCUCGUUCUCAAGAAGGGGAGCAUGGAAGCUCGGGAGAAUGCUGCAGCCACUCUUUUCAGCCUUUCAGUGGUGGAUGAAAAUAAAGUUCGAAUCGGUGCCUCCGGAGCUAUCCCGCCGCUCGUCACGCUGCUCAGUGAAGGCACACAAAGAGGUAAGAAAGAUGCUGCAACUGCUCUUUUCAACUUGUGCAUCUACCAAGGAAACAAGGGAAAGGCAGUAAGAGCUGGCGUUGUUCCAACCUUGAUGCAGCUUCUCACUGAACCUGGAACAGGAAUGGUGGAUGAAGCCUUAGCCAUCUUAGCAAUACUCGCCAGCCAUUCCGAAGGGAAAGCUGCCAUCGGAUCUGCAAAGGCAGUACCGGUUUUGGUCGAUGUUAUCGGUACAGGAUCACCGAGGAACAGAGAGAAUGCAGCUGCAGUUCUCGUGCACCUUUGCUCGGGAGACGAGCAACACCUAGUAGAGGCCAGAGAUCUUGGAGUGGUAAGUUCAUUGAUAGAUUUGGCACGCAGUGGCACUGACAGAGGAAAGCGAAAAGCUGCUCAGUUGCUUGAGCGAAUGAACCGACUCUUCGAGCACGCAGUGCACCCAGAGGAGAUUCGAGUGCUUCGGUUGCAAGCACCGGAGUCUCGACCUCAAAACCAGGCAUCACAAUCAACCUCCACCACGGAAGUCGUCGGUAGCUGAGAGGAGACUUGAUGUUACUGGUUACCGGGCUUGGUUUCUUUUGUUCCUUUUUAAUGUGUAAUGAAAAGAAGCAUGUUUGCUUCACAAAGGGAAGGUGGAAGAUCACCUGCCUAAUCUGUAAGUUAUUAUUACAAUUUAUAAUUUUUGUUUAGUUUUGGAGUUUCUAAAGGGAAUGGAAAUUUCAGCUGUGGACAAAAGGCAAAGAAUCUAAAACCUGCCAUGUAUGAAUAAUGAUACAUCCUCAAAUUUUUUUAAGAGGAAAAUUUAAAGAAAAUUUAUU